GAAUGAGUUACAAUAAAAGAUGGCGGAGGGGAGGAACCGUGGAAACUACAUGGGCUGAAUAAUUGCAAAGCAAAACAUACAAAAGUAUCCUUUGUGAAGACGGAGGAGAGGUGGGAUGACUGUAUGACGCAGGGGACAUACGACUGCUGGAUAUUUUUUUUACUGCAACAGAAGAGUGGACCAGAAGCCUUUCGCAUAAAAAGACAAAAAACAAAAUAAACCAGAAAUGAACGGGGUAAGUUGGCUGUAACAGCUACCUUUGUUAUUUUAUAAUAGGUACAAUUCAUUUAUGACAAUAGACAGUGUACUGAUAUUUCAAUUGUAGUUAUUUGUUUACUUUAUGAAUGUCCAACAGUGCACUAUGUAAGCCAGCUAGCUAUGUUAUCCUCCCUCCCCCGGCACUAGCUAGCUAACGUUACUCUAUCCUAUCGGUUGAAUUAGCGAAUGGUCGAAUGCAUGUUCUCGAAAACAGCCUUGUCACAAAUAAUUAAUUCGAUGAGUUAAGGGAUUUAGCUAACAACCAUGGAGGCCCCGUAUGUUGUGGGUGUGUUUCGUCAUAAUAGCCAAAUGUUUUUGCUGGCGUCACUGUGGUAGUAUAUUGACACAGGUCGCUUCUUUUUCAUAAGAUCAUAUUAGGAAACUGCCAGAAAGUACCCAACAAUUGUUAUGUUUGAAUGUCCUCCACAUUUCCCUGUUGAACGUUUUUAUUCAACACCCACAUUGUGAUGACACACACAGUUUUGUAUCGCUAUCCUCCUUGUGGGGACCAAAUAAUUGAUUCCUAUUCCCUAAACCUAUACCUAACUAACUUCUAACCCUAAUUGUAACCCUAAACCUAACCCCUAAACCUAAAAUAGCGUUUUUCCUAGUGGUGACAGACAAAAUGUCCCCACUUGUCCGAAUUUCUUGUUUUACUAUCCUUGUGUGUACCAGAAGUCCUCACAAGGAUAGAUACACACACUACCUAUGUAAGAAUACUGUUCAGCUCAGCCUUCAACACCAUAGUGCCCUCACACUGCCUGCCCUCCAGACCAUCUAGUCUACAGCACCUGGUGUCACAGGAAGGCCAAGAAGAUCAUCAAGGACCUCAGCCACCCGAGCCACGGCCUGUUCACCCCGCUACUAGAAGGCGAAGACAGUACAGGUGCAUCAAAGCUGGGACCGAGAGACUGAAAAACAGCUUCUAUCUCAAGGCCAUCAGAAUGUUAAAUAGUCACCACUAGCCAGCCUCUGCCCAGUACCCUGCCCUUAGUCACUGUUACUAGCCAGCUACCACCUGGUACUCUACCCUGCACCUUAGAGACUGCUGCCCUAUGUCCAUAGUCAUUGAACACUGGUCACUUUAAUAAUGUUUACAUACUGUUUUACCCACUCCAUAUCUAUAUACUGUAUUCUAGUCAAGGCUCAUCCUAUAUAACCACUGCUGUACACACCAUUUCUAUUCAUAUACAGUCUAUACACACCAUUAUAUACACUGAGUGUCCAAAAAAUUAAGAACACCUUCCUAAUAUUGAGUUGAACACCCUUUUGCCCUCAGAACAGCCUCAAUUCGUCGGGGCAUGGAUUCUACAAGGUGUCGAAAGCGUUCCACAGUGAUGCUGGCCCAUGUUGACUCCAAUACUUCCCACAGUUGUGUCAAGUUGACUGGAUGUCCUUUGGGUGGUGGACCAUUCUUGAUACACACAGGAAACUGUUGAGCAUGAAAAACCCGAAACCGGUGUGCCUGGCACCUACUACCAUACCCUGUUCAAAGACACUUAAAUGUUUUGUUCGGUGGUGGAAAAAGUACCCAAUUGUCAUACUUGAGUAAAUGUAAAGAUACCUUAAUAGAAAAGUGAAAGUCACCCAGUAAAAUACUACUUCAGUAAAAGUAUUUGGUUUUAAAUAUACUUAAGUAUCAAAAGUAAAUGUAAUUGCAAAAAUAUACUUAAGUAUCAAAAGUAAAAGUAUAAAUCUUUUCAAAUUCCUUAUACGAAGCAAACCAGACAGCACCAUUUUCUUGUUUUUAAAAUUUACGGAUAGCCAGGGGGCACACUCCAACACUCAGACAUCAUUUACAAACGAAGCAUGUGUUUAGUGAGUCCGCCAGAUCAGAGGCAGUAGGGAUGACCAGGGAUGUUCUCUUGAUAAGUGUGUGAAUUAGCCAAUUUUCCUGUCCUGCUAACCAUUCAAAAUGUAACGUGUCCUUUUGGGUGUCAGGGAAAAUGUAUGGAGUAAAAAGUAAAUAAUUUUCUUUAGGAAUGUAGUGAAGUAAAAGUAGUCAAAAAUAUAAAUAGUAAAGUACAGAUACCCAAAAAACUACUUAAGUAGUACUUUCUAGUAUUUUUACUUAAGUACUUUACACCACAAUCCAUGUCUUAAGGCUUAAAAAUCCUUCUCCUCUCCUUCAUCUACACUGAUUGAAGUGGAUUUAGCAGGUGACGUCAAUAAGGGAUCAUAGCUUUCACCUGGAUUCACCCUUUUUCUCCCCAAUUUCGUGAUAUUACGAUCUUGUAUCAUCACUGCAACUCCCCAACGGGCUCGGGAGAGGCGAAAGUCGAGUCAUGCGUCCUCCGAAACGUGACCCGCCAAAUGGCGCUUCUUAACACCCGCUCACUUAACUCGGAAGCCAGCCGCGCCAAUGUGCCAGAGGAAACACUGUUCAACUGACGACCGAAGUCAACCUGCAGGCGCCCGGCCUGCCACAAGGAGUCGAUAGAGCGCGAUGAGCCAAGUAAAGCCCCCCGGCCAAACCCUCCCCUAACCCGGACGAAGCUGGGCCAAUUGUGCACCGCCCUAUGGGACUCCCUGUCACGGCCGGUUAUGACACAGCCUGGGAUCGAACCCCAGGCUGUAGUGACGCCACAACACUGCAAUGCAGUGCCUUUGACUGCUGCGCCACUCGGGAGGCCCCGUUCUGAUAUUUCUUAAUCUAUUUUUGUUCUUUUUUGAUUAUGUGUGUAUUGCUAGAUAUUACUGCACUGUUGGAGCUAGAAACACAAGCACCUAGGAUAACAUCUGCAAAUAUGUGUACACGACCAAUAAGCUUUGAUUUGAUUUUACACAGUCGCACACACAUACACAAAACACCAAUAAAUAAUUGAUGGUGUCCACCUCCUCCUUUUGACAGGACAUGUUACUAAACAGCCACUCCAUCACUCUCCGGAACCAGAACCACAGCAAGUCCAAAUCACCUGCCCUUGAUGCAAUGACCAUCAAACUCACACAGGAAGGAAAGUACACUGGACGCUGCUCUAUACAGAAUGAUGCACCAAGGCAAGGUGAUGGUAUGUAGUGUAUAGUAGCCUUAUUAUUAUUAUUUAUUAUUAUAAUAAUAAUAUGCCAUUUAGCAGACGCUUUUAUCCAAAGCGACUUACAGUCAUGCGUGCAUACAUUUUUUGUGUAUGGGUGGUCCCGGGGAUCGAACCCACUACCCUGGCGUUACAAGUGCCGUGCUCUACCAGCUGAGCUACAGAGGACCACCUUAUCAUUUAACUACUGCAGUGCAUUCAUGUCCUACUCGUUCUAUUCUGCUCUUCUGCUUGAUCAAUUAGCUUGUUGAGUGUGCAACAGAUCUUGUUGAUUUAAAUCCACUCAAGUUGCAAGUGUUUGAUCAAUGUAUUGUAUAGAAUUGAAAAGGCCUAGAUCAAUGUGUAAAUUCAGUGUAGAGACAUUUAUUUGCAUUGUGAAUACUGAGUAGAAUGUGUGUUUAGCCUACAUUAAACUUAAAAGGUUUGUUAAGAGGUUGGCUUCAUCAGGCCCCAGCACUUCACCCCUCCUUCAAAAGUCACAUCUUCUCAUCACAAGUAAGAAGGAGCUGGGGGUUUGGUCUGAGCAGCAUCUCAAUAGUUUAAAGUGGUUUCCUCUCCCCAUUUUACAUUGGUGUUCUUAGGCAAAACAUUAAGGAAAGGAGACAAGGAGAUGAAGCUUCUGUAAACUAAACUAUUCACAUGCACCCUGUUCUAUCCUCAUCAGACUUUCCUCUCUGCUUUCCCCACCCAGCAGCCAGGAGACUGAACUCUGAGGCGGCAUGCAUCCUGAAGCUGGCGGACCGUGAGGAGAGCCACAGCCAGUGGCCCUGCAGGACAGAAGAGCACCAGGCCCCCCAGCAGCUUCUCCACUUCUCCCCAGUCUCCUGCCUCCACGCCCCAUCUGAGCUCUCCUCCCCUCCUGCCCCCAGUAACAACAUCACCCACACCCUCCUCGCCAACAACACUGCCGCUCACCUCGCCAACCAGAGGAGGGACAUCCGACGCAAGGCCAAAGGAAAGAAGUCAACACUUAGAAUGUAAGUUACCACUGGUUAUCAGCUAAACAAAAUUCUGGUGUUUUCAUACCUUGGGAUGUCUUAAAUGCAUGCACUAAACUGGAGCAUGUAGAUAAUGAAGUAAAAGGGUGUAUUUGGAUUGAGACUGGUGAACUGCACAUCGGUGCACAUGGGAGAAGUGCAAACUAUCAGGACUAGACUAAACUGAUCUUGAGGUAGUGGUAGCUUGGGUACCUGUGUUUUUCUUCUUUCAACAACACCUACGUUGUUGACUUGCCAAACAGAAUCCACUUGUCAAAACUUGUUUGCCAAGAAAGUUACAGAUUUGCUAAAGUAGAAACAGGCUAGCACCCAGAUACCAAUGUACUUGUGGCCUUACUGUCUAGAAUCUUGAUUUUCUAUUUUAUAAUUGAUGUACCACAAAUGGCUGCAACAUUUCUGUUGGACACAUAGUGCUUGUUUAUUCACUUUCACAAGAAGAUGGACAUGGCUCAUAUGUGCCCGUGGAUUUAAAAAUGGUAUUGUUUGUUAAUAUCAGUUCAUACGUUUCCUUUCCAGGGCAGAGAGCAGGAAUUCCCAAAACCGCAAAGUAACAGACUACUAUCCCAUAAGGAGAAGCUCCAGGAAAAGCAAAGCAGAGCUGAAGGUGAGCGUAAAGGGCAUGUAAUACUAAAACAUUGACCAAUACCAUGCUGUUGUUAUUAAGCAGUGUAUUGAAAGAUUAGCAAUGCUAGUGUGGGAUGAGGACCAUGUGUGGAAUGAGAACCUAGUUGUUUAGAACACCUGUCAUUCUGUUUUAUCAUUUGCUCAGGGUUCCUACGGUCAUGAAAAGUAAUGUAAUUUUAAAAUGGUGUUUUCCAGCCUUGGAAAGUUUUGAAAAGUGAUCAAAUCCGAAACGUUUUGGGAAAUUAAUGUAAUAAUUUCUCUUAAUGUAAUUUAUUUACGCGCAGUUUUAAAUAUUUGAUAAAUGAAAUAAAAAUCAACAUAUCAGCCAGGAUCGCAAUGACACUUUAGCGUGUAUGUAUUUGCGCGCACCACUUGCAUAUGUGCGAGGUGAGUGGACCAUUCCUCAAGGAGUUGGUCGGAUAUUGCAGCAGCAGGUAGGUAUAGCCUUUUAAAAUAUGAUAGAGAACAGACUAACUAGGUAGCCAAUUCAAAACAUAUCUUGUACCCUCUAGUUAACUGUUUAGCUAUUAUUAGCAUGUAUUAAUGUUUUCGUCAUGUCCCCAAAAAAUUAUCACCGACAUUUGUGAUUAAGGCCAUACAAAGUUGAUUUACUUUUUGAAUGAUUCAUAUGAUUAAUUUAUACGAUUUUUUUUCUUCCAGACUAAACAAAUGAUUCACUUCGCCAUUGUAUUAGUUCGUAUUCUGUUCAAUCGUGUUGAAUCGAAUCAUGUGAAUCAAAAUAAUAAUUUGUGAAUCGUGAACAUUAAUUUUAGGAAAAAAUAUAUGCAUGGUCCAAAGUGUUCAAAUAAUUUGACCAAUAUGUUAUUUGGCUCAUUUCUGCUAUACAUUUUUUCUGAGGAAACACUGGUUUGAGGGCUUUUUGUUUGUUUAUUUAUCAACAACAAUUUGGGAUGUUUUGACCAAACAAAAUAUUAAACAAAGCUGACCUUUUUUAUGUUUGCAGUGUAACUUUGUCCUUCCUAAAUGAAAAGCUUCAUAAAAUGUGUGAGAUGAAAUUGACUAUAAUGGCAUUAGCAACUAUAAGGACUUGUGUUCUACAAUUAGUCUUAUGACAUAGUCAUCAUUACAUGUCCUCUGUGCUUGUCUUCUCAUAGUGUGAACAAAAGAAACACAUUGAUGAUCUGAUCAUAAAUGGGAUCGAGGAAGGAAUGGAGGUACUCAUUGAUCACAGCUUCUGAAACUUCACUAUCUGACUGGCAUGUUUAUUUACAGACAUUAAAUGCAUUGUUACCUUUUUAUAGCUUGUCAUUGAUUUUUGGACUAUAUUGGAUUCCAAUAUCUGAGUGAAAUAUAUUUGGUUCAGGUGCAGCAUAUUGAGGGGAAGGGUCGAGGAGUGUUUGCCACCCAGUGUUUCCAUAAGGGCCAGUAUGUAGUGGAGUACCAUGGAGACCUGCUGCAGAUCACCGACGCCAAAACGAGGGAGGCCGAAUACGCGCUCAACCCUACCACCGGCUGCUACAUGUACUACUUUCAGUAUAUCUGCAAAACCUACUGGUAGGUCAAAACACUUCCUCUUUUAUGUGUGUGGCAUCUCUGGCAUAUCUGCAAAACAAUUUCAGUGUGCUCACAGUUUGCUGCACUAAUGCAAUCUUUGUUUUAGUUUCAUGAUACAAUAACUUUUCAACCAUAACGAACUUUGUUAGAUUAACCUAAUAUCAGCGUUCUUUCAAUUGUUUCUCCCACAAGUGUGGACGCCACGAAAGAAACAGGUCGCAUGGGCCGUCUGAUCAACCACAGUAAGAACGGCAACUGUCAAACCAAACUCCAUGACAUCAACGGGAUACCUCACCUCAUCUUGGUGGCAUCGCGAGAAGUCGAUGAGGGCGAGGAGCUGCUCUACGACUACGGCGACCGCAGCAAAUCUUCCAUCGCAUCCCACCCUUGGCUCAAAUAUUGAUGGAGACAGCUCAAAGAAAAGGGAGAAUGCUAACAACACCUUGGUUUCUUAAUAGAUCGUUUUUUUAAAUGUAAAAAUUGCCUUAGAAUGUGUAGCACAUUUUUUUCGAGAGGGGAAGGGGCAUGUGUGUGCGGACAAACUAGGGGAAGGCAGUUUCAAGGAUGGGUUAGGUUACAGUGACUUAAACGCAUUUAGGUCGAGAUGCAUCUUCUGAAUGUUUGCCGGCAUCAAUACUUUUUAAUAUAUUUAUCCGUCUAUAUGAAACAUGCUAGUUUUUCCAGCACAUUUCUUUUUGUAUAU